CUCAAAGUAUUAGAUUUAUCUCGAAUGCAACUUCCAUCGCUGCCCUUUUCACUUCACUGCCUUACGAAUCUUCGAACAUUGUGUUUGGAUGGAUGCAAGGUGGAAGACAUUGUUAUGAUUGCAAAGCUAAAGAAAUUAGAAAUUCUUAGCCUUAUGGAUUCUGAUAUGGAACAGUUGCCCAGAGAAAUAGCACUGUUGACUCAUCUAAGGCUGUUAGAUUUGAGCGGUUCUUCGAAACUAAAAGUAAUUCCAUCAGAUGUCAUAUCAAGCUUGUCCCAAUUAGAGAAUUUGUGUAUGGCAAAUAGCUUUACUCAAUGGGAGGGGGAAGGAAAGAGUAAUGCUUGCCUUGCUGAGUUGAAGGAUUUGUCUCAUUUAACCUCUUUGGACAUACAAAUACGAGAUGCCAAGUUGCUGCCAAAAGACAUAGUCUUUGAUAACUUGGUGAGAUAUAGAAUAUUUGUAGGUGAUGUCUGGAGCUGGGGAGGAAUUUUUGAAACAAAUAAAACAUUGAAGCUCAACAAGUUUGAUACAAGCCUCCAUCCGGUGGAUGGUAUCAUCAAGUUGUUGAAGAGAACCGAAGAUCUACACUUGUGUGAAUUGUGUAGUGGUACUAAUGUUCUUUCUAAAUUAGAUGGGGAGGGUUUUUUAAAAUUAAAGCAUCUCAAUGUCGAAAGCAGUCCAGAGAUUCAAUAUAUUGUGAACUCGAUGGAUCUGCCUCCAUCACAUGGUGCCUUUCCUGUUAUGGAGACGUUGUCUCUCAAUCAGCUGAUUAACUUGCAAGAAGUAUGUCGUGGCCAAUUUCAAGCAGGGUCCUUUGGUUGCUUGAGAAAAGUGGAAGUGAAAGAUUGCGAUGGCUUGAAAUUUCUCUUCUCGUUGUCUGUGGCUAGAUGCCUUUCCCGACUUGAAGAAAUAAAAGUAACUAGAUGCGAGAGUAUGGUUGAGAUGGUUUCCCAAGAAAGGAAAGAAAUAAGAGAAGAUGCUGUUAAUGUGCCUCUGUUCCCUGAAUUGAGACACUUGACGUUAGAGGACUUACCCAAGCUCAGUAAUUUCUGCUUUGAGGAGAACCCGGUGCUUCCGAAGCCUGCAAGCACAAUUGUUGGUCCUAGUACACCACCUCUCAACCAACCGGAGAUAAGGGACGGCCAACUUCUGCUUUCCUUGGGCGGCAACCUCCGGUCUCUUAAGUUGAAGAAUUGCAUGUCACUAUUGAAGCUAUUCCCACCCAGUUUGUUACAGAAUUUGGAAGAACUAAGAGUGGAAAACUGUGGUCAGAUGGAACACGUAUUUGAUCUUGAAGAGCUAAAUGUUGAUGAUGGGUAUGUAGAGCGCCUCCCUAAAUUAAAAGAACUGACGUUGAUUGGUCUACCAAAGUUGAGGCAUAUAUGCAACUGUGGCAGCUCCAGAAAUCAUUUCCCUUCUUCCAUGGCUUCUGCUCCUGUAGGCAAUAUCAUAUUCCCUAAAUUAAGCGAUAUUAUACUGGUAUCUUUGCCCAACCUCACAAGCUUCGUCUCCCCUGGAUAUCAUUCCCUCCAAAGGCUUCACCAUGCAGACCUUGAUACCCCCUUCUCGGUGCUCUUUGAUGAAAGGGUUGCAUUUCCUAGCUUGAAUUUCUUAAAGAUCUCGGGACUGGAUAAUAUGAAAAAAAUAUGGCCUAACCAAAUUCCUCAAGAUUCCUUCUCCAAACUAGAAUUCAUGAUCGUAGAAUUUUGUGGACAAUUGUUGAAUAUUUUUUCAUCUUGUAUGCCGAAAAGGUUACAGGGUCUAGCCGUAGAUGGUUGUAGUUCAUUAGAAGCGGUUUUUGAUGUGGAAGGGACAAAUGUGAAAGUGGAUUGUAGUUCAUUAGGGAAUACAUUUGUAUUCCCUAAAGCAACCUCUCUCAUUCUCAAGGAUCUACCUCAACUCAAGAGUUUCUACCCGGGGGCACAUACUUCCCAGUGGCCAUUGUUGGAACAACUGAUGGUGUAUGAUUGUCAUAAACUCAAUGUAUUUGCAUUCGAAUCUCCAACAUUCCAACAAAGACAUGGUGAGGGAAAUCUUGAUAUGCCCCUUUUCUUGCUCCCACAUGUUGCAUUCCCUAAUUUGGAGCAAUUAACAUUGGGUCAGAACAGAGAUACAGAAAUAUGGCCAAAGCAAUUUCCAGUGGAUUCCUUUCCUAGACUAAGAGUUCUGUAUGUAUAUCGAAAUAAAGAUAUUUUGGUUGUGAUUCCUUCCUUUAUGCUUCAAAUAUUACAUAAUUUGGAAGUACUUCACGUAGGAAGAUGUAGUUCAGUCAAAGAGGUAUUCCAACUUGAAGGACUUGACGAGGAAAAUCAAGCCAAGAGGCUUGGACGGUUAAGAGAAAUAAGGUUGCGUGAUCUUCCUGGGCUGAUGCAUUUGUGGAAGGAAAACUUCAAACCAGGCCUUGACUUGCAGAGUCUAGAGAGUCUUGUAGUGUGGAAUUGUGUCAGUUUGAUAAAUUUGGUACCAUCCUCGGUAUCUUUCCAGAAUCUAGCUACUCUAGAUGUGCAGUCUUGUGGUAGUCUGAGAAGUUUGAUAUCACCCUCGGUAGCUAAAAGUCUGGUAAAACUCAAAACACUCAAAAUAGGUGGAUCAGAUAUGAUGGAAGAAGUAGUUGCCCACGAAGGAGGGGAAGCAACAGAUGAGAUUACUUUCUACAACUUACAAUACAUGGAGCUUUUGUAUUUGCCAAACCUCACAAGCUUUAGUUCAGGUGGUUAUAUAUUAUCAUUCCCAUCCUUGGAGCAGAUGUUGGUGAAAGAAUGCCUCAAGAUGAAAAUUUUCUCUCCAAGCCUCGUAACUACACCAAGGCUAGAAAGAAUAAAAGUGGGAGAUGAUGAAGGGCAUUGGCAGGAUGAUCUGAAUACCACCAUCCAUAAUUUGUUUAUAAAUGCACAUGGUAAUGUUGAGGCUGAGAUUGUGGAAUUGGGAGCUGGUUCAGCAUUAUGAUUACAUCAUGUUUUGUUCUUGGGAAUGUUACUCUUUGGCUGGAUUGAUUCCAUGUUAAUGCAAUAUGUAUCACUCUAUCUCAAUCUAUUUGGUUAUAUUUUAGGUUUAUAUAGAUUUGUUGGAUUGCAUGAAGUUUUCCACAUUGUUCAUAAUUAUUGAAAUUUCUUCAUAAUUAUGGAUGGUCACUAUUUGAGUCGCAUAAUGAAUCUCCACUUGAAUCA